AUGGCUGAGGCAGAACCAUUCUUAACAGAUGGCAAUCAGGAAUUAUUUCCCUGUGAAGUCUGUGGAAGACGCUUUGCAGCAGAUGUUCUGGAAAGGCAUGGACCAAUAUGUAGAAAACUGUUCAACAAAAAGCGUAAACCUCUCAAUUCCUUAAGAUUACAGGGCAUUGACAUUCCCACUGUGUGGAAGGCUUCUCAGUCCAAGCCUCAACCCAUGAGAAAAUCUAACUGGAGACAACAACAUGAAGACUUCAUUAAUGUGAUUCGAUCAGCAAAGCAGUGUACACUAGCCAUUAAAGAAGGCCGGCCUCUCCCACCUCCACCCCCUCCGUCCAUCAACCUAGAUUAUAUUCGCUGUCCAUAUCGUAUGAGGAGAUUUAAUGAAACCGCAGCCGAUCAACACAUUAAUUUCUGCAAGGAUCAAUCUUCUCGCCGAGUCUUUGAUCCAGCCCAGACAGCAGCCAAAUUGGCAUCCAGGGCACAGGGUAGGGUUCAGAUGAGUCCAAAAAAAGGAACGACUGUAACCAGUGCCGUGGGAGCUCUGCUGCAGAACAGGGCCCUGGGGGCCAGUGUGGUCCCAACCAGGCCAGGAUUAGCAGUGGACCCUGCUUCUGGAGCAAAACUCAGACAAGGAUUUACUAAAUCUUCUAAAAAAAAAGAUUAACUCCUAGAGGCCAGGACAGUUCCCUGAGACCGACACUGAAUAGGACUGCUGUGAAGUUGGAGA